GAGCGCCAAACGAUCUCGCAAUCCCUCUCUCUCUUUUCUUCUUAAUUCUCGAUCUUUUCUCUCCCUCUCUCUCGAUCUCUUCUCUUCUCUCGCCAUGGCUGCUCCCACACCUACUUCAUCUGACAAGCCGUUUGGCAUCAGCCAGAUUCGAGCUUACAUCCCCAUCAUCCUCGAUCUGGAAAAGAUGAAUGUGUGGCGUGAACUGUUCGAGACCCACUGUCUCACAUACGGUGUCCUUGGUCACCUCGACGGUACAACCGUCGCCUCUUCGGACUCGGAUAAGGCGUGGAAGGAACGUGAUGGUCUCGUUAAAAUGUGGAUUUACGGAACCAUCGCUGAUUCCCUCACCGAGACGAUUCUCAAGCCAAAGAGCACCGCUCGGGAUCUCUGGCUUUCACUUGAAGGCAAUUUUCGCGAUAACAAGGAAAAUCGUGCCUUGCAAUUGGAGAAUGAACUCCGUACCAUCACCAUCGGUGAUCUCUCUGUCCAGGAGUAUUGCCGCAAGAUCAAAUCUCUCUCCGAUCUCCUCACCAACGUCGACUCCCCAGUCUCUGACCGUCAACUCGUUAUGCACUGCCUCAAUGGUCUUAACGAGAAGUUUGACGGCAUCCACAAUGUUAUCCGUCAUCGCACACCGUUCCCAAGUUUCAGCACUGCUCGUUCCAUGCUCCAAUCAGAAGAGGAUCGGCUUAAGCAGCAGCUCCGUCACACGACACCUUCUCCCGUGGCUACCACAUCAUCACCCACUGUGCUCUACUCCGCCGAUAACGCCUCUCCUCCGACCCACAACAAUCACAACAACAACACGAACCGGGGAUCCUACAAGUCACGCGGUCGUGGCGGCGGCGGUCGUGGAAACAGGGGAAGGGGACGUCACAAUUCAUAUGGGUCUCACAACAAUGGGCCUCCACCUUUUGGCGGAACAGGCCCAACUCCUUUUGGAUACCCACCUAUCGGCUAUGGACCUCCCCAGUGGCCAUAUCCGUAUUACCAAGGCCCUCUGAUUCAAGCCCCAUACCCGAACCAGUUUCACCAACCGGCGAUGCCUCGCUCAAACGGUAUCCUUGGCCAAUUCCCGGCGUCCUCUCCUGCUCAAGCUCACCUCUCCCAAACGUCUCCACCGCCUCACUCAACUCCGCUGGUUCCGACUGCUCUUGCUCAAGCCUUCAACACCAUGACGCUCCAGGAGCCUUCGGAUUCCAACUGGUACAUGGACACCGCGGCAACGAACCACAUCACCACUCAACCAGGAUCUACUGAGCAGGAUAAUCCUACUCCGAUGUGACAGUCCGGGUCCUCUCUACGCGGUGACACCUUCCAACCACUCCUCCCGUCCUCUCGCUCUCGUCUCGGGUAGUUCUCUCUGGCACCGUAGGUUGGGUCAUCCGGGUCUCUCCAUCUCUCGUUCCUUACAUUCGUUGGGUUUAUUAUCAAAUAAAACGGCCG